AUUAAAUUUAAAUAUAAUGGAAUUUGUGACAGCUCUGGUUUUCAUCUUCAUAGCUUGUGCAUGUGGUAUAGUUUGGGCAGUUUUUAAUUGGAUGGCAGUUCAUAAAGUGGAGAUUCAUCAUAAACAUGAAGGAUUAACAGAAUUGUUAUAAGGUGCAGAAUAGGAGAAAAUAGAGACACUUUUAGAGAUAGGGGAACAUAUUUAAGAUGUAAGAAAUGUUUUAAUAUAAUGAGGGAGCUUAAGCCUUUUUAAGAGAGGAAUAUACAGAUUGUAGUGUAUUUUUAGCAAUAAUGGCUGUUUUAUUGAUAGUAAUAGAAAUAUAUAUAUGAUUAGUUUGUAUCUCCAUGGUCUUCAUUAGCAUUUAUACUGGGUGCGGCUACUUCUAUGCUUUGUGGAUAUUUAGGAAUGGCUAUAGCAACAGCAGCUAAUUUUAGAACAGCAUUUUCAGCAAUCACAUCAUUGGCAAAUGCAUUUUAGGUAUAUAUAAGUAUAAAUAUAAUAAAAGAUGGCAUAUCGUGGUGGUUGUGUAAUGGGAUUUUUAUUAGUGUCAAUAUCGUUAUCAAUUUUAACAUUAAUAAUAAUAAUAUAUAAUGCAGUAAUAGUAAAAAGUGAUGAGAAUAACUUUGAAGAUUUAGUGACCAUGUUUGAUUAUGUAGCAGCAUAUGGUUUAGGAGGAUCAACAUUUGCAUUAUUUGGUAGAGUAGGAGGUGGUAUAUAUACAAAGGCAGCAGAUGUUGGAGCAGAUUUAGUGGGAAAAGUAGAAAAGAAUUUACCAGAAGAUAGUCCUAAAGUAAUUAUUAAUAAAUAUUAUAAGAAUCCUGCUACAAUAGCUGAUAAUGUAGGUGAUAAUGUUGGAGAUAUUGCUGGUAUGGGUGCUGAUUUAUUUGGUUCAUUUGCAGAAUCAACAUGUGCAGCUUUAGUUGUAUCAUCUACUUAAUUAAGAGUUUUAUAAGAUGAUAAAUAUGUUAUUGAAAUUGGUUAAUUGAUGUAUCCAUUAAUGGUAUCAGCAUUCGGUAUUGGAAUUUGUAUUUUGGUAUCAGCUUAUGCUGUUUACAUUUCUAAAGUAAAUCACAUCAAUAAAAUUGAAUCUACUUUAAAAUUCUAAUUAUUGUUAUCAACUGUUGCUUUGUCUCCAAUUAUUAUAGGUAUUGCAUAUUGGUGUUUGCCUGCCGAUUUUGUUAUGGUUGCUGCAGAUAAUUCUAUUUAAUUGGCAGAACUUAAACCAUGGCAUGCUUUCUUAUGCUCAUUAUUGGGAUUAUGGUCUGGAUUAUUAAUUGGAUAUUUCACAGAAUAUAUGACAUCUCAUUCAUAUACUCCUGUUAGAGAAGUUGCCUAAUCAUGUGGAACUGGUGCUGCUACAAAUAUUAUCUAUGGAUUGGCUUUAGGUUAUUUAUCUACUAUUGUCCCUAUUGUUGCUAUUGCUAUCACUGCAUUGUUAUCAAUGAAGAUGCUUUCAUUUUAUGGAGUUGCCCUAGCUGCUCUUGGAAUGCUUUCCAAUCUUACCAUUGGAUUAGCUAUUGAUGCAUAUGGACCUAUAUCUGAUAAUGCUGGUGGUAUUGCUGAAAUGAGUGAAUUGGGAGAAAAUGUUAGAGAAUCCACUGAUGCUUUAGAUGCUGCUGGUAAUACUACUGCUGCCAUCGGAAAAGGAUUUGCUAUCGGAUCUGCUGCCUUAGUCUCACUAUCACUCUAUGGAGGAUAUUUAACCAGAAUAUAAACAUAUAAAGUUGGUGAUCAAUUCCCAUAUGCUGAAGGAGCUAAAAUUGAUGAUCCUAUCAUCUUUGCUAUGUUAUUAAUUGGUGCCAUGUUACCAUAUGCAUUCUCUGCAUUCACUAUGAAAUCAGUUGGAAAAGCUGCUCUUUAAAUGGUGGAAGAAGUUAGAAGAUAAUUACAUGAACACCCAGGUAUUUAUGCAGGCACAGAAGAACCAGAUUUCAGAGCUUGUAUUGCUAUAUCAACUAAAGCCUCUUUAAAGGAAAUGAUUCCUCCUGGAUUAUUGGUACAUAUUAAUCUAAUGAUAGGUCAUUGUUACACCUACAGCUGUUGGAUUAUUCUUUGGACCAUAUGCUGUUGCUGGAUUAUUACCAGGAGCUUUAGUAAGUGGUGUUUAAAUGGCUAUUUCAGCUUCCAACACUGGAGGAGCUUGGGAUAAUGCAAAAAAAUAUAUUGAAGCUGGAUUUUAUAGAAAUGAAGCUGGAGAAGUGAAAAAAAAGGGAUCAGAUGAACACAAGGCUGCUGUAAUAGGUUUUAAUAUAUAUUUACAUUUUUAGGUGAUACAGUUGGUGAUCCUCUCAAAGAUACCUCAGGACCAUCUCUAAAUAUUUUGAUUAAAUUGAUGGCCAUCUUAUCCUUAGUUUUGGCUGGUGCUUUUUGUAGAACUGGAUGGUUAUAUAAAUCUGAGUGA